AUGAAUUCCUAUCUGCUCAACAGAGCCCUCGGCUCUGUCGCUCCCAAUGACUUCCACACCGCGCAGACGGAGCGCUUGGUGCGCAACCUCGAACCGGCACCGGGGAUUCGCUUCUCCAGUCGCAGAGCCGCGCCAGCGCCAGAUCAGUCUGAAGAUGACACAACGUUAAACCCAGACUUUGAUCCGACAGAGAAGCUCUAUGCACACAAGUCAGGAGUGAAUUGUCUUGCAAUUGACCAAUUCGAGGGACGGUAUAUGAUCUCUGGAGGCGCCGACCCCUCAAUUCACCUAUGGGAUCUCGAGAGCAGAGGCUCGGAGCUCGAACAUAUCCACCGAGCUUGUGCGUCCGUAAGCAAACCCUCACACAGCGCCGCCCACACACAUGCCAUAACCUCGCUCUCGAUCUACCCAUUCGACCCCGUCCCGUCAACCAUCUUCUCAACCGCGCACGAUGGCACACUGAAAUGGUCAGCGUUACAAUCCCCCGAAAUUACACCCCUCCACACAUUCAAUCUAGACUGCACCCCGUACGCCCACUCAUUCUCCUCCGCCCCCGGAUCGACCCUCCUCGUGGCCGUCGCGACUUCAGAACAAUCCGUCCGAUUGGUAGAUCUACGUUCGGGCCUGGCAACACACGGCCUACCGGGCCAUAAUGCAGCAAUAUUAUCGGUUGCAUGGGCACCGCAUAAACCCUACCUACUUGCAUCAGGGUCCGUCGAUAACAGGGUUAUAAUCUUCGACGUCCGGAAAGGAGGACACAACUCCGCCAUCGCAACGCUAGACAUGGACGACCCGGUCGGUCUGGUAGAUCCAGGAUCAGGGUCUACCCCGACAUCUUACCAGUCUCGCCCGGCCUUUUCACCGACUGCUCGGGCGCAUAAUGGGCCUGUUACGGGCGUGCGGUGGACGUCUAACGGUAGUCAUAUUGUGACUACGGGACAAGACGCGCGGAUUAGGGUAUGGGAUGCUGCGAGUGGCGCAAACACUCUUGUUCAUUUUGGUCCGAGGGUACGCAAUAGCUCUACUUCGCAUUUAGCUGAGAGAGCUCCACUACUCGUUCCGAAGGGAUUCAUGACACCGGGGCAUGAAACACUCCUCUGGCCGAAUUUCAAUGAGCAAGAUGACCGCGGCGAGAUCUUUAUGUUUGAGCUGCGCGAGGGGACGUUCAUUAAACGACUUAAACUUCCCGGUGUGGCAAUGUCCUCGCAAUCGCAGGUUCGGGGUCGAUCUAGUGCGCUCAGUGCUGCGCGUAUAAAUGAUCUUGUAUGGCGCGGCAAUGGGGCGAGUGGAGAAGGCGUGGAGCUUUUUUUCGGCGCAUGGGGAUGGCACGAUUCGGUCGUGGGUUUCGAGAGAAUCGGAUGGUGA